UCCUGCAUUAUCAAUGUGAAGGCCAUUCUGCAAAAUCUCAAGGAUCUUCUUAGUCGAGUUCGACCAAAAUGUCUCACUGUUUAUCAAAUCUUCCAAUCUCUCAACCACACGUGACUCCCCAAAGAUGUUCGACAACUUCAAAUCGCUCUUAUGGUAGAUCUUCCCGCCACUUGUUGAGCCCAGUUUCUAGUAGAAAUAUCUGUAAAGGCAUCAGAGCUAUGACAGGUGAGGCCAGAGACAAUCUUGACCAUUUGCAAAGGGCUAACAAGCGGCAAACUCCCCAGCCCAGAAAUAAAUCAGCCCCUGUUGCACCAAUAGGGUUGUGGGACAGGUUUCCAACAGCAAGAACCGUGCAGCAAAUGAUGGAGACGAUGGAGAGACUAAUGGAAGACCCUUUUGCCUACAGUGGAGGAUGGCCAUCGUCUUUGGCCCCAGAGACUGGGGGGUACAGCAGGGGUAGGACGCCAUGGGAGAUAAAGGAAAGCGAUGGGGAGUACAAAAUGAGGUUCGACAUGCCUGGUAUGACUAAAGAAGAUGUGAAGGUGUGGGUUGAGGAGAAGAUGCUGGUAGUGAAAGCCGAGAAGGUGCCAAAGAAGAAGAAUGAGGAUGGAGAAGAGGAGGAGAAAAAUGAGUGGUCUGCUAAAAGCUAUGGGAGGUACAAUAGUAUAAUUGCUUUGCCAGAGAAUGUGCAAUUUGAGAAGAUUAAGGCUGAGGUUAGGGAUGGUGUUCUGUACAUUACCAUACCAAAGGCUAGUAGUCAUGGCAAGAUUUUGGACAUUAACGUUGAAUGAAUGUCUGCAGCAAAGCAACAUGGGUUCAAUGUCAAUGAUUUAAGGUCUCUUCAAAUGUUACAAUGUCCAGACAAGUAUCUAAGUCUGAUUGUAUAGCUGAUGGAAUGGUUAUAUUUACGGAUACAAUAAAGAAUUCUGCUUGUAUUUUCGAAAUUGUAAACUGUACCAUCAAGAAGUACGGUCACUUCAUCAAUAUACUAAAUGGGUUGUACCGGAUGUUAAAA